AUGUUCUUCACUUCGCCAGCUCACCCUCAAUCGAAUGAUCAGGUUGAAGCGAUGAACAAAAUAGUCAAGAAGCUAUUGAAACGGCAGCUUGACAAAGCCAAAGGAGCUUGGCCGGAGAAGCUUCCAGAGGCAUUAUGGGCCAUCCGGACAUCCUACCGAACGGCAACUGGGGAAACACCGUUCUCCAUGGCCUUUGGCUUGGAAGCGGUAGUCCCAGUGGAAAUCAGAGAACCCUCCUACCGAACGGAAACUUUCGCCCCAAAGGCGAAUGAGUAG